AUGCAAAUGGCUUAUACGUGGCUGUACUUCUUUGCCACACUGCUACCUCCGACAAGGGCCGUCUAUGUGACUACGCUGGAGAUCCGCCACGAAUUUGCGUCUCCUGACUGCGUGGACCGCCUCGUCGUUAACGCGAACCAUUCGAUCCCAGGCCCUGCCAUUGAGGUAGACCCGGGCGAGGAGGUGGAGAUUACAAUUGUGAAUCUGAUGUUGUCAAACGCUGUGUCAAUCCACUGGCAUGGCAUGGUCCACGCGGACAGCGGUCCCUGGCACGACGGUGGCUCCAUGAUCACCCAGUGUCCAAUCCCGCCUGGGAGCAAGUGGGUGUACAAGUUCAAGGUCAACGAGCACCCAGGCUUGUACCAGUACCACGGCCACAUUGGUGGCAUGCGGGUUGCUGGACUCGGAGGAGCCUUUAUCAUCAAGGGUGACGUCAGCGCAUUCGCCAGCGAAGCCGAUGGCGGCGAGGUUCUCAUGCACUUGAAGGAUUAG